UACUCGUGAGAUCGUCCGCAGAAAUUUAAUGCGCGUCGCUGUUCUCGCCGAACCUCCGCCUCCGCCGCCGAUUACAACGCUAACUACGUAUUAUAACGCCGAAUAUAAGGCUCCGCAUAGCAAGACACGUUGCAAGGUUACCUUCACGCACAACUAUAUUCUGCGAGCGCGGACGUUAGCGGAAGCCAUGGAUGAUAUUGUUCGCGCUGGGCUGCAGUUCCCUCUACGGAUAAUUAUCGUCAACGAUGUGCAGUUUAUUACCAAUAUGUAUGGAGACCAGUAUCGGGUUUUUACGGAACUUCGUUUUUGACUGUAAUAAAUUCGCACCGUUGGAAGGUGAAAAUGGUACAAGCUGUGGCAGACUGGCAGUACAUAUUACUGCUAUGAUACAAUACUUCAGCUUAGGUAUGUCAUAUUGACUUUGACCGGACAGUUUUUGUCUCGGCUAUGUACUGUAUAUUAUUAUGGCGAUGACAACAUUUAAUCCGGUGCCACUCGACAUUGUUAACUUGCUAAUGAUAACAUAGUUAAAUAACCGCAGAUAAGCAUGGCCGAUUACGGCUACAAACUUUUAUUGCCACUUCUUUUGUACAAUUCUUAUGCAAAAGUAAAGUGUCUUUGACAAGGAGGAUUUUUCCUUGGGCUGACAGCGGCAAUCAGCUUGCGUGUUUUCAUACUUAAAUCUGUGACUGCUCGAGCGCACUCGGCAUUUGGAGACGUAAAAAUACCGGCGAUAUACAGAACGGAAAAAGGUUUUGCCGACAAUUAUUUCAAAAUGAUCCAUGUGAGCGCUUCCUUGUUUCUCGGACUGACAUGGCUUGCGAUCCACGGGAUGGUGCGGUGUAACGGCGACGAUGCGCCAAAUCCCGGCUGCGAAUACUUAAUAUCCCCGGGCAACACCACCCUCUCCUGUCCCGGCGGCAUGGACAUUCCCGUCAACUUUGACGUCACGAAGAUCCGCAAAGGCGUCCAUGAGAUCGUCAUCGCGGCGGGCAACGGCAACGUUCUCCGCUCCGAUGCGCCGCCGCUGCCGGCCAACCUCACUGCACUGCGUAAGAUCUCCUUUUCCGGAUUCACCAAUGAGCACGAUUCCCGUAUCGCCAUUAAGCGCUUCCUCGACAACGUCAAGGACCACAUUACUGAGCUGCGCAUCGACAACAGCAAAGUGGGCUUCCUGGAAGACGGCUUCCUCCAUGGAUUCACGCAGUUGACGACAUUAGACUUAUCUGGUUGCGAUAUUUCUUCCAUCGGAUUAGAAGCGUUUGCUCGCACCGCAAUUGACGUUGCAACACCGUCAAUGAUUGUCGACUUGGCCGGAAACCGGAUCGAAAGCAUCGACUGGGCCGUUUUGGAGCCGAUCGCUCUGACAUCAUUGUCGCUGCAACUUGGAUCCCAAACGCCGGGUCUGAAAUUAAUCAACUGCUCCGCCAACUACAUUUUCAACAGACCGGUCGGUUCUGUGUCGUUCGCGGGAACCAGCUUGGAAUAAUCCUUGCCGUGUGUCAUCGACUCGCUAAACUACGACGCUUCCAGCACUCUGUACGUGGACUACAAC